AUGUUUCUAGUUGCGAGCUGCUGCCCUCAUUACUUUCCUCCUAUGGCCUCUUGUGCGAACGAGCCGCUGAAAUUCGGCGGGAAUUUCGCGGUUCUCAACUUGGACUGGAUGUCUGUGCUCUUUGAUGCUAUCAAGGACGACCGCAAAUGUCAGGCGCUGAUGGAAAGUUGUGCAAAAUGGAAUGACGCAGUGCAUCAGAAAUCGCCUCGGCCCUUGACUAUUUUCACCACGCUCUCUUUCAAUCCCGGCCAACCCGAGGUCAAGCCAGGAUCACCCUUUGCGCGCCUAAUUGCCCCUUAUUGCGAAUUUGCACACGGCUCCGCUGAGGUAGCAAUUGCUCAACACUUCAAAGUCGACGAGCAUGAUCUCAUCCUACAAAAGACCAGGUGGUCUGCUACAAUGGGAAGUACACUGGAGCAGGUUUUGAGGAGCCAAAAUAUCGACACAGUUGUUAUUUCUGGUCUGACGCUCUCUGGAGCGGUAAUGGCCACUAUUUACCGGCUUUUUGAUUCGGACUACAACGUUGUUGUCAUCAGGGACAAUGUUGCGGAGUUGCCAAUUGAGCAGACCACUGCCUUCUCGGAUGUGAUGCUGCAUAUGCUUCUACCAAAGAUGGGUCUCACAGUUAUGUCUGUUGAUGAGGCUAUCUGCGCGCUGCAAAAUUCCUAG